AACACAUAAUAAGAUGGAGAAGAGGAGUAUUUUUUCUCCAAUUUCCUGCCUUUCGUCAGCUAUUUCGCCGGAGCUCAUCAUUUCAUCUCAAUCUCCGAUCAAUCAAAUUCAGAACCCUAAUUUCUUUCUCUUCGCUCCAUUUUUUCCCGACGAAUUUCUCAAUAGAAUUAUCCUUUCCUCCUUUUCAACUCGCCAUUUUGUUAAAAUUUUCCCUCAAUUUCUUGUUUUUCGUCAAUUGCGAAAAUUAUCAGUUUGAAAUUCCGACGUUUUUGAAAAUAUAGGGUUCUGAUCACAUGAAAUUUCGUUCAUUUUCUCGAAUUCAAACCUUCAUUUUUCAUAAUUUGUGAUGGUUGUGAGGUGAGAGAGGAGAGAGAAAAUGUCGUCGACGACGAGAAGAGUGGGGAAGUAUGAGCUAGGAAGGACGGUUGGAGAAGGAACUUUUGCUAAGGUUAAAUUCGCCAUUAAUACCGAAACUGGAGAAAGUGUUGCUGUGAAAGUUUUGGCUAAAAGUACCAUUCUUAAGCAUAGGAUGGUUGAUCAGAUUAAACGUGAGAUAUCCAUUAUGAAGAUUGUUCGACAUCCUUUCAUUGUCAGACUACAUGAGGUUCUAGCCAGCCGGACCAGGAUAUACAUAAUAUUGGAGUUUGUGCCAGGUGGGGAGCUAUUUGAUAAAAUUGUUCACAAAGGCAAGUUGUCUGAAAUGGAGUCUAGAAAAUAUUUGCAACAACUUAUUGAUGCAAUCUCUCAUUGUCACAAGAAGGGGGUUUACCACCGAGAUUUAAAGCCAGAAAACCUCCUCCUUGAUGCACGUGAUAAUUUAAAGGUUUCUGAUUUUGGGCUCAGUGCCUUACCACAACAAGGAGUUGAUCUUCUUCACACCACUUGUGGCACUCCGAACUAUGUUGCACCUGAGGUCCUGAAUGGCCAAGGAUAUGAUGGUGCUGCUGCAGAUAUCUGGUCUUGUGGAGUUAUCCUUUAUGUUUUACUAGCUGGAUAUCUCCCUUUUGAGGAAACAGACCUUCCCUCCUUGUACAAGAAGAUCAAUGCUGCCACAUUUUCAUGUCCAUUUUGGUUCUCACCAGGUGCAAAAUCGUUGAUUGAGAGAAUGCUUGACCCUAAUCCCAAAACUCGUAUAACAAUAGAAGGAAUUAGAAAAGACCCUUGGUUCCCGGUGAAUUACAUUCCUGUUCGUCAAGGUGUGGAAGAAGACGUAAACUUAGAUGAUAUACGUGCUGCUUUUGAUGACAUUGAGGAUCAUUUCGUAACUGAGCAGUCUAGACACCUGAACAGGGGCCCCCUGAUUAUGAAUGCUUUUGAGAUGAUUACCAUGUCUCAAGGUCUGAAUCUCUCAGCCUUAUUUGACAGGCGGCAGGAUUAUGUGAAGAGGCAGACUCGUUUUGUGUCGCGAGAAACUCCAAAGGACAUUAUAUCGACAAUCGAAACUGUUGCUGAGUCAAUGGGUCUCAAGGUUCAUACACGAGGUUACAAGACGAGACUUGAAGGAAUAUCUGCUAACAAGGCAGGGCAGUUUGCUGUGGUGGUGGAGAUCUAUGAAGUUGCUCCCUCACUUUUCAUGGUAGAUACUCGGAGAGCUGCUGGUGACACCCUUGAAUACCACAAGUUCUACAAGUCCUUCUGUGCUAAACUGGAUCACAUCAUAUGGAAACCAAAAGAUGGAAUAAUCGAAGGAGGUACCCGAAGCCAUGAAAGUAAAUAUCAUCGAAGAACGCUCUCGAAGCCUUGAAGGGAGUUGUCGUUGACCAACAUAAUCGUUGAAGACUUUAAAUUUGUGUUGCUUAUGCUUGUUUAUUAUGUCUAGGUGAACCCUUGUAAAAUUUGGUUAUCUGUAUCCUCGCUUUAUCCUGUUUGUGCUUGGGCUAGGUUAAGUAUUACACACAGUAAAAGUGGGUACGAGCAUCUUAGUAUACGGGAGUAGUGGUGUACGAGGGCAAUUUUCAUCCAAGAUCUAGUCAUUGUCUCCACUACUGAGGAACGAGAGACUCGAUCUCAUAGAUUACCUCCGGCAUCGAUGGAACUCGAACUUGCGGCUUCCGUCUCCACAGGCACAAGUGUGUUUUCAAUGAACGUAGAACGUGAACAAUUUUUAUUUAUGUAGUAAGACCAUUAAUCUGCUUUUAUUACGAUGCAUGCAGGUUGGUUGUAAGGUAAAUGUUCUAGAGAGAAUUGUCCAUGUUGGUCAAGUUGAUAACCUCUAAGAAAGUAUUUAAUCAUUUUUCCUUU